AUGCUCGCUCAGCAACUCAAAACUGCCGCACCGAAAAACCCAAAACCCAGUUUUCUAAUUCCGUGUCGGAGCUUCACCACCUCACCUUCUCAUCCCUCUCAAGACUCUCACUUGGCGAACCUGAUUCUCAAAUCCUACCCGCAAACCCUAACCCAGAUUCUUCACAGCCCCCAAAUCGAUUGGACUUCCGAUUUGGUCGACAAAACCCUGAAGAGGCUCUGGAAUCAUGGACCCAAAGCCCUCCAGUUCUUCAGAAUACUCGACCACCAUCCGAACUACACACACUCUUGCUCCUCCUUCGACCACGCCGUCGAUAUUGCCGGCCGCCUGCGCGACUACAAGUCCCUCUGGACCCUCGUGGCCCGAAUGAGGGCCCGCAGGCUCGGCCCUGGGCCGAGGACUUUCGCUAUCAUCACGGAGAGGUAUGUGGCUGCUGGUAAGCCUGAUAGAGCCGUUAAGGUGUUCCUGUCAAUGCAUGAACAUGGUUGUCCUCAGGAUUUGAAUUCGUUUAAUACAAUUCUUGAUGUGCUUUGUAAAGCUAAGCGUGUCGAAAAGGCGUAUAAUUUGUUUAAGGUGUUUAGGGGCAGGUUUAAGGCCGAUUGUGUUAGUUACAAUAUAAUUGCGAACGGGUGGUGUUUGAUUAAGCGAACCCCGAAAGCUUUGGAGCUUUUGGGGGAGAUGGUGGAGAGGGGAUUGGACCCGAGUUUAACGACGUUUAACAUAAUGCUUAAAGGAUAUUUUAGAGCUGGUCAGAUUAAGGAAGCUUGGGAGUUCUUUUUGCAAAUGAAGAAGAGGAAGGUUUUGAUGAGAUGGUUGGGAAGCUACUACUGCUCCAAAGGGGUUUCUGUUCCUGUUGAAGUUUCAACACUUGAUGUUCUCUUAUCGCCAUGUGUUGAAGAUCUACUGUUUGGAGGAUCAGGUGGGCAUUCUGGUGCACUAUGA